AUGUCUGCCUCAAAACCCUCCCGGUCCAUCCUGAACGACCCCAAACACCUCCUCGCCCGCCUGACCCGCUUGGAAUCCACAAUCCCGGGUCUCGACGCGACCCUCAUGCUCGCCCAGUAUUCGUCCCCGCUCAUCAUCGCCCUUCUCCUCAAACUCGCUUCCAUCCGCGCGCGUCACCCCAAGGUCAAGCUCUCACAAGCAGCCGGGCAGGGGGUUUUGAAGGUGGAUGGCGGGUAUGGGCUUGUGCAGCUUGCAGAGGGAUGGGGCAGGGCAGGAGGGAGUAUUGGGGAUGCAAGAGUCAUCAUGCGAGCUUUCGGCAUGCUUCCAGUGCUUCAAAGCCUCCUCGCCCUCCACCCCAAACCCCUCACCUCGCUCCUCACCCUCCUCUCCCCCGACGGCCUCGCCAAAGCACUCCAAAGCCCUAAAGCCAUCUCCACCCUCCAAUGUCUGGCUAUCCUCGCCUAUUACCCGUUGGAACAUGUCUCGUGGCUUGCGACUAAGGGUAUUAUUUCGAUGAGCCCGCAGAAGGUUGGGAAGGCUACGCUUUGGAGUGUCCGAUUUUGGGCGCUGUAUGUGGCUUUGAAAGUAUACGAACUCCAAAAAACAUACCUCGCCCUCUCCUCCCGCACCCGCGCCCUGCAACACUCCAAACCCGACGUAUCUCCCACAGAAGCCGAAGGCUUUAAAGUCCAAGACGAAAAGACCGGCCCGAAGGAUAUCCAAGGCAAAGUGGAAGAAAAAGUAUCGCAAGCAAAGGUUUUGGGCAAGGAAUGGCUCACUUGGAGGAACGCUACCAUCUCCAACGCCGGCUACGCCCCCCUCACAAUCCACUGGUCAACCCCAGGCGGUAUAUGGGGGAGCCCGCUCAUCACCGGUACUAUGGGGUCUGUCGCUGCUGUUGGAUCACUUUUGGCUGAGUGGCACAAGGGCGACAUCGAGUACGAGUAG